AAAGUUAGAGUAGAUGAAUCAACAAUAAUAAGAAUUUUACAAAAAAGUAAAAAAAUACUUAGUACUGAUAUUACUCGCCCAGAUACUAAACAUCAUAAAUCUGUAAUAAUUCCUGAACUUGAGCUUGUUUUAAAAAAAUUCAUUUUAAUUUAUCAAAGUAAAGCUAUUUUAAAUAAAACAAUUUUAGUUGAAAGAACAAAACAAUUAGCUGAAGGUUUAGAUGUUUUAGAUAGAAUAUUAAAAUUUUCAGCUAGGUAG